GUGGAGCGAGGGAGGGAGGGGAGCACGAGAGCGGCUGGGCAGCGCAUCUGGACACUUCACAUCUGGAUGUCUUCAGGAAGAAUGGCUCUGCAAACUACAAGCGCCCCAAACGUCAGCGCCGCGCUUUCCUACGGGGACCGGAACGGCACUAAUGGCUCCGACUGUGCGGACCAGGACGUGCUGGAGUGGCUCUACGUCUUCCAGCCGGUGUACAUGCUGCUCAUCACCGCCCUGGGAGUCCUGCUCAACGUCUUCGUCCUGAUGGUCUUCUGCUGCCACAAGAAGCCGUGCACCGUGGCCGAGAUCUACCUGAGCAACCUGGCGGCCGCCGACCUGCUCCUGGUGUCCUGCCUGCCCUUCUGGGCCGUCAACGUGUUCAACGACUACAACUGGCCCUUUGGACUGUUCCUCUGUAAGGUGGUCAACAUGGGCAUCAAGAUGAACACCUACUGCAGCGUCUACUUCCUGGUUCUGGUCAGCAUCGACCGCUACGUGGCUCUGGUGCACACCAUGUCCCACGGCCGGAUGCGGCGGCCGAAGUACGCCAAGCUGGGCUGCCUGCUGAUGUGGGGCUUCGGGCUGCUGCUCACCGCGCCCACGCUCAUCUUCAGGGAAGUGCAGCACGUGGUGGAGUACGACGUGACCGCGUGCAUUCUCAACUACCCCAACCACGGCGUGGAGGUGUUCUGCGACGGCAUGCUCAUCGCGUUCGGCUUCGUCAUCCCCAUUUCCAUCAUAUCCUUCUGCACCAUCAAGAUCAUCCAGGCCCUCAAGGUCCAAGCGGUGGAGCGGUUCAGCGGGGAGAAGACGGAGCACCGGGCCACCACCCUGAUCCUGGCCGUGCUGCUGGCCUUCCUUGUCUGCUGGGUGCCGUUCCAUGUGGUCACCACCGUGGACGUGCUGGUGCGGGCCAAGGUCCUGGGGGGGUGCCACCUCACCACCGCGCUGGACGUCUGCAACCAGCUCUUCACCUACCUGGCCUUCUUCAACAGCGUGCUCAACCCCGUGCUGUACGUCAUCGUGGGGAAGAACUUCCGCAAGAAGGUCUGCGGGCUCUUCAAGCAGUGGAGCGCGAGGCGGAAGGCGACCGCCGACUCCACGCGCUCCAAUCAGUCGUCGACCCUCAAGACGUUCAUGUGAUGCUCGGCGCGCUGAUGCAGGAAGAAACUCACAAUUAAUCAUGUAAAUAAGUGAAGUAGUAGCCACAUGUCAUAAAACGCAGCUUGAGCCUUCAGACAGUAUCAUUAAAUGUACAGUUAGUGUGAAUGUGCCUGAUUAAUGUAAUCUAAUUUAUGCAGAUGUAGCAUUUCUGAUACUUAGCUUUAAUUGUCUUUGAUCAUACACAUAAAAUAAAACAUGAACACAACUUACUGCAUCUCAUUGCACACGCAGGCGGAGCCCAGCAACUGCUUGCUAAGUGUUUCCUGGUGCUUCUGACUCAUUGUCUGCAGAGCUAAAAACAGUCCAGUUUCCAGUGGUGACACACGCAGACGUGCUUCUUUUCGUUGGCUCCGUGCACAUUAGCCGG